UGCUUGUAACCUGCAUGAAUAAGAUAAGCCCUGCCCAUUUAAAUGGAAAAAAACAGGACAGGUUAAAAUGGCGGAUAUUGCCUUUGCACAACAUUUUGUUGAGUGUUCUAUAUGUCAAAGAAAUGCCGAAUUCUUUUGCAAAACGUGCAAGAAAGAUCUUUGCCAGCAAUGCAAGGAGGCACACCAAAAGGAAAAACUAGAAACGACCCACGAAAUCGUGCUGUUUCAGGAGAAGUUCGGAUCCGUAAUUCUCGAGGAGACAUGUCGGGAGCACAAGGGUCAGAAAUAUUGUCUGUGCUGUCAACAGUGCUUACUUCCUGUGUGUGCUGAAUGCACAAAGGACGCACAGCACAAGAAGCACAGCUUUGUGAAUCUUGAAAACGUUUAUCACUCGCACAGAGAAAAACAUGAGCCCAGGAUCUUGAAAAUAAGAAAAGAAAUACUGCCAUCUUGCCAGUCUUUACAACAAGAUGUACAGGAUGAUCUGUCCCUCCGUAAAAAAGAAACGGCAGAAAUUUUGUCGAUCAUGAAGACACGAGCCGCUAGAAUAAAGAUUCUCAUUGAUGAUGUUGUGGAGGACUACUCUAAAUUAUUGGCAGAUAUUUGCAAAUCACAGAAGAGUGAAUUACAAGACCAGAACCGAGAAAUAACAGAUCGUAUAGCUCAUCUAAACACAGUCUUGGAUGGAUAUGAACGUACGAGGAACAAACCUGCUGCAUUUCUCUUCUACCUCAAGGAGCACCCUAGUUCCAACGCGGACCUUAUACCUCAUAUGCUUGAGAUGCCCUACCCAGUAUUAACCAAGGAAAACUUCACAAGAGAUGACGUCGUUAAAAUGCUCGGGCACAUAGAAAGCCCAAAAGCAGAGACACCAAGAAAGGUAAAAGAUGUUGCCCAACAAACAUACCAAAUUCCUCCAUUGGUGAUGAGUGACACAGUUAUGAAAAUCAAGUCUUUCAGAGUGACAGGUAUCAAGGAUUGCUAUCAGAUAUCUGCUGCCCCUAACGGCCAGUUCUGGCUCCGAGAUGAAGAUCUAAGAUUGACAGACCUCACCGGCGCUACCAUUCAUAAAGUCUCCGACGUUUUGGACGACUGGGCCAUACAAUCCGUGACGAAGGAAGGAGAGUUGAUUUAUCUCGACAGCAAGAGUAACAUCUGUAAACUUUCUCUGGAUAACAAGAAAAGGAAAUCUCUAGUCCAGGUCAAAGACCCGUGGAAACCUUCAUGCAUAUUUUGUUCUUCGUACAAUGGAGAUAUUCUGGUAGGCAUGAUCAGAAGCGAACAAGCCAAGGUAACGGAAUCGGAUGUAGUGGAAGCAAAAGUAGUGCGAUUUAGCGAUUCGGGAAAGGAAAUCCAGACCAUCACUCAUGAUGUCACUGGACAACCAUUAUACAGUUACCCUCGUUACAUUACAGAGAACCACAAUGGCGAUGUAGUGGUGUCUGACCACACCAAAAACGCAGUGGUAGCUGUGGACCACCGGAAGAAACCACGAUUUUGCUAUACCGGAACAUCGUCUAACUCGGAGUUCUGGCCUCGGGGAAUUUCAGUUGACGCCCUAAUGAACAUCAUAAUAUGUGAUUACAAUACCGACACUGUCCAGUUGAUCGACAAAAACGGUCAUUUUCUUCGAAUGCUGCUCACCGAGAAAGACAAGCUGGACGAACCGAGCUGUCUGACGUGUGUUGGAGAAGACCAAUUUCUGUGGGUGGGGUGCAGAGGCAGUAGGCGUAUAUCUGCAUUCAGCUACUUACACAAACCAGUUUAAUGAAUUUAAUCAUGGACAAGUAUAUAGUAGGAAAACCACGUUUUGAGUCCACAAGCCCCGAUGAUAGAGAGAAUUGAUGCAAACCAGACGUGGGUUACCGACGAUGGGACAGAUAUUAUCGUUCUAUGUUCUUAAGGUAGUCCAUCCACAACUAUUAUAUUUCAUAGAUUGCAAGGUUGAUCACUUAAAUCUUCGUGCGAUUUUAAGGGGUUUAUUGAAUGAUAAAGAUUCCCCUCUGAAAUUCAAAAUAAAAAAAAUCAGUAUCAACAAAUCCAUCAUUUAUUGAAGUUUAGAUUGAAGUCAAUGAGAAAAACGUUUUUUUAAAUAAAGAAAUUUUCUCACAUUUUUCUUUUUUCUAAUAUGCUAAAAUAAUUCAUAAUUUACCAUACAGUGUACAUAUUUUCAGAAAAAGAAUUUCUAAAUUUUUUCCGUAAAGGGCAGAUAACUCUUGAAAAAAGUUUUAAGUGCAGAAAGUUCAUUAAAUAGACUACAUACAUGCUCCCGAGUUUGGUUGAUGUCAGCCUCAUAAUAACUCUCAAAUACGCGUACGUUUUUGAUGUAGUAUAGAUCAAUCAAAAUUGUUAAAUUCGUCUUAGUUAUGGAUGGACUACCUUUAAAAAACUAUUUCAAAAUGAAUAUUCAUGGGUAAUCGCACGGCCUGUAUGCUGUUCAUUUGCACAUCAUAUCAUACGGGAUCAUACUAGCACUAUUGAAUCACACGAAGAUGCUAUGGCAUCUAGUCCUAAAAUGUUGUAAAGGACUUUGACUUUUUGUAACUAUUUGAAUCAUCAGUGGACAUUCAAUUGACAGAAUAUGCAUUUAAUCAGAAAUAAUAACUUUUGCAUCUUUCAUAAAAUAUCUUGUUUGUAGCAUAAAAUUAGCAUUGUACAUGCAUUACUUCCUCAUCAGCUGCUUGGGAAUUUAUAAAGCUGGCUUAUCAGAAUGGUAUAAGUUUUCAAAGAAACUAGAAUCCUCGUGACCAGGGGAGAUUACUGGGGAAUCUCUCCAUGUCAACUUACCAGUAGGAGUUAUGGUUCUUUGUUUAUGAGCAGUUAAAAUGUAUGUUUUCCUGCAUAGGUUUGCAGAACAAAAACGGAUCAAUUUUCUUUGUUAAAACAUAUUUCCUUCCCAUUAGUAUUCAGUUUAUGGCGAUCAUUGUUUGGCAUAUCAUUUUCUUGUUACUAUCUUAUUCGUUUUGAAAAUGUAAAAUCAUGACUGUGUGAUAAUAUUUUCUUCUGAGGCAAAUCUGUCACUGUUGGAAAGCUUUCAAUUUUGAAUAGCUGCGAGUUUAAAUUGUUGAUACUAAUUUAACAUUGAGAAACUGUAUAUUUGAUAGCACAGUCAAUUUUUUCACAAUCUAUUGAAAACUGAUGUUUUAAAAAUCUAUACCACUAUUAGAAUAAAAAAUGUGACGUCAAUUUUUGUUAUUCAUGAUCUAAUAUUAUAUUUAUAAUAUUUGUUGCUAUUUUUAGUAUCAAUCUAGUCAAGGGUUUGUCAUGUUAGAUGUGUUCGUUAUAAAAUGACUGAAUAUAUGAUGUAUAUAUAAUGAUACAUAUUCCAUAUCACGGAUUUCAUUACAUGCAAGUGGGAUCAUUAAAAGUUGAGACUUUUGCUAUAAACUGAAAAAAAUGUACUUUUUUGCUGUUUUAUUUUAUUCACAUUCCAUUAAACUUGUCUUAACUUAAUUUCAACAAUUUAUAAAUUGUCCUUUUGAUACAUCUGAUGAAUACAGAGGAUGGUCUAGGUGCUGAACUUCCAUUUUCAAGCAAAAGGUCGCGUGUAUUUCGCAUAAACAGUAGGGAAUUUCCGUGUAUGUAAUGCGUUAUCGAAUAGUCGGACACUCACCUGUGGUCAAUUUGUGGAGGCUUAUUCCUUAUCAGCAACGUUCUAGCUUUUAUUGCAACAAAAAUCGAUAAAAUAUUUGAGAUAUAUUUAUAUCAGGACUUUUGUCCAUUUAUUUUGUUAAUUACUAUCCAAGCAAUGACAUUUGUGUAAGCCAGUGGAAUGUUUUAGUGAAAAACAUUGCAUCUUCAUCUUUGUUACAAGUUAACUAUAAUAAGAGUUUCUGGUCUAGCUAGGCAUCCUCUCAUACCCUUUUAAGAGAUUUUGAAUUCAUUGUGUAUGCUAGAUAACAGUUGAAGUAAGAUAACCCAAAUCAUUUUAAUUUAUGACAUUUUUAUGCAAUUUUGAUAACAUUGUAUAUUGAACAUGCUUUUUUUUUAAAAUAUUUAAUUUAUUUUCACGUAUGAUACAUAAAUCUCAGCCAAAUUAUUUUUGACUAACA